AUGAAAAACUCGAAAAAGCAUGAUGAGAGGUUGGGUGUAAACGAAAUAAGGAAGAACAAAAGAAAGAUUUAUUUUCAAGAAACUAUUGAUGUUGCGAACAAUAGUACAACUAGUCAGUCAAACUUUUAUGAGGUUCACAAAGAUGAAUUCAAGAGUUUAAUUAAGAACAUUACAGGAAAUGAAUCAAAUGCAUCAAGGCAACCAGUUCCGGUUCAGUUUUCGCCUCCAGUACCAAGACAUCAUGUGCAUCCUAUUUCUGGUCCUCUCCUUGUUAACAAUUCACAAAGUAAUCUUUCUGGGUUUCCAGUAUCUACUUCCAUGAGAAACUUUCAAGACUCAACGCCGCUGAACAUUGGUAAUUCAAGAGGUAACCAGUUCCAACCUUACCCUCCUCAAUCACAAGCCUUGAACAAUACAAAUGUUCAAAAUCAUCCAAUAUUUCAAUCUCAAAAACAUUAUUAUCCUAUCAAUCAUAGUAGCCAACUUGUGAAUGGUAUUCAUUCCUCACAAACAAAUUACAGUAACCAACUUGUGAAAGGCUUCCCUUCAACACAAACAAAUGUGUCCAAUCUUUCAACGUCUUUUCAUGCUACCAAUCCAACUUUUAAUGUUAACACCAAUAACCAACUUGUGAAUGGUUUCCCUUCCUCACCAAAAUAUCAGGAAAAUGUCACAAGGUUGCAGAAGAUUCGGCCUCCACCAUUGUCCACUGUGAGGAUACCAAUUUCGGUUAAGGUUCCGGCUCCAGUACCUCCUUCACAAGCUCCAUACAAUGCGCUGCUAGGACAUCAUGUGCAACCUAUUACUCGUCCUUCUCUUGUUUACAAUUCACAGAAUAAUCUUGUUGAGUCUCCAGUUUCUUCUUUCAUGAGAAACUUUCAAGAUCCAACAUUGAACUUGGGUAAUUCAAGAGGUAACCAGUUUCAACUAUGGCCUCCUCAACCAAAAGUAUUCAACAAUAUAAAUGUUCAACAUCAGCCAAUAAUUCAAUCUCAGGAACAUUUGUAUCCUAUGAAUGGUAGUAACCAAGUUGUUAAUGGUUUUCAUUCUUCACAAACAAAUGGUAGUAACCAACUUGUGAAUGGUUUUCCUUCAACACAAACAAAUGUGUCUAAUCCUUCAGUGUUUCUGAAUGCUACGAGUUCAACUUUGCCUAUGAAUAUAAGCAACCAGCUUGUGAAUGGAUAUUCUUCCUCACAAACGGAACCUCUAUCACAAACUUCUGAAUUUAUGUUGACUUCACCAAAAAGUAACAUGAAUCAUAUAUCCCCUCAAUCACCUCAUAGACCUUUACUGUCACCAAGCCUUUUUUCAUCACCUUCAUCACCUGAAUACCCUUUCUAUUCACAUUUAAUACCUGAUCCUCCGUCUCCAAUUUCUUCAAACCUUUUUCCUUAUACUACAAGUCCCAAGAGGCCUGAUUAUCAAUAG